GCAGUGCCCAUACACGAACGACGACGAGACGAGACCAGACCAGGACACCAGAAAGAAAUAUACUGCAUCGUGCACGAUACGUACGUAGGACUCCAGGUCUCAUCCCUUCCCUUUAAAUCCGUUCAAACUAGCGUGGGCGUCGCCGUGCCAGGCGACCAUAUAUAGCCCUUGUCGCCAGCGUCAUCUAUAGGAGAUUCCCCUCCGUUCCAUCGAUCGUGGUAUCGCCGCGUACGUGGCUCGCGACCAUGAUGACCAUCAGCUGCAGGCUCGUGGCGGUGGCUGUGGCGUUGGCGCUGGCGGCGGCGAUCCUGUCGUCAUCACCACUGCACGCCGACGUGCGGGCUGUGGUGGAGAUAAGCGACGUGGAGCUGAUCCCCGUGGACGGCGGCGCCGCGGGGCCGGAGAGCGUGGCCUUCGGCGUGGGCGGUGAGGGCCCGUACGCGGGCGUGUCGGACGGGAGGGUUAUCCGGUGGCUCCCGGAGGAGGGCCGCUGGGUCGAGCACUCCUCCGCCGCCGCGCCAGAGCUAUUGGAUAGUUGCAGAGGAUCCCAGGACGUGAUGAAGGAGCACGAGUGUGGGCGCCCGCUGGGCCUCAAGUUCAACAAUAAGACUGGCGACUUGUACGUCGCAGAUUCCUAUUUUGGGCUGAGAGUUGUCAGCCCCGGGGAUAAGGUUUCAAGGCUGGUUGGGCCUGAACAGCCUGGGAACCCCUUCAGCUUCGCCAACGGCGUCGAGAUCGACCAAGAAACUGGAGUGGUCUACUUCACCGAGACCAGCACAAGGUUCCAGAGAAGGCAGUUCUUGAACAUUGUCAUAUCCGGUGACGACACUGGCAGAUUGCUCAAAUAUGACCCUAACAGCAACGAGGUUCAAGUCUUGGUCGACGGCCUGGCAUUCCCCAACGGCCUUCUCAUGAGUGAAGACGGAUCACACCUUCUCCUCGCUGAGACCACAACUUGCAAGAUCCAUCGAUACUGGCUUAAGACACCCAAGGCCUCAACCCUCGAGGAACUCGUGCAGCUAGCGGGCUUCCCAGACAACAUCAAGGCGAGCCCCAGAGGCGGCUUCUGGGUAGGCCUCCAUGGCAAGCGAGGUAAGAUAGCCGAGUGGUCCACCUCUUUCCCGUGGUUGAGGAGGUUGGUCAUGAAGCUGCCACCCCAACGUGUGCAGCGUGUCAUGGCGUUUCUGAGCCGUUUUGGAAGUCAGGUGAUUGCGUUGAGGGUCAGCGAGGAGGGGAAGGUGUUGGAAGAGUUAAUCGUGCACGACAUCGCGAGGAAGAUGUUUGGAUCCAUCAGUGAAUUGGAGGAAAGGGAUGGGUGCUUGUGGAUUGGCUCGGUUCAUUUGCCUUUUCUUGGGCAUUACUGUCUAUAGAUAGAUUGGGUGAUAUGAUAUACAAGGUGCAAAGAGACUAUGUUGUGUUGUCUUGUUUAGGCAUCUCGAGGAGAUUAGAUAUUACUAAUAUAUUGGGAUACAUUAUUGUGUAGAAAAGGUAUUGGCUAUACUUUAGGGGUUUUUUUCUUCUUGA